AUGUCGUCCCUUGAAAAAUACUUCUUCAAAAGGCCACGCGCACUCCAAUAUGUUCAUGCUGGACGCGAAUACCGCCACGGAGAUGCCCACGAGACCGGAAACGACCAUGCACUCCUUCCGAGCAACACCGACGCCUCGGGGGAGACGAGGAGCAAAUCUGAUGCAAAAUCAAUUGCGCACCCGGAUUCCACCACUAUAUUACACCGUACCCAUCUCGACCUCUUCAUUGAUUUGAUUUUCGUUGGUAUCGUCGGCAAUAUCGCUGAGCAUACUAGCGAACGCCUCUUCGUUGCACCCGAAGGCCACGAAGGCACCUCCGCGGAUGCAUUCAAGGCAAUCUUGGAGUUUACACUCGAAUUUCUGCUCACCUGGCGGAUAUGGAAUUACCUGCGAAAUUUUACGAACAUGUUCUUCCAAGAUGACCUGACACAACGAAUGUUCAUUAUCUGGAUUCUCAUAUUGGCCCUCAUCUUCGGUAACAAUGUGUCUUACACCUUCGUCAACUACAAAGGGGCGAGCUUUACGUUCUCGAUAUAUCUGAUAAUUCGCGGCUCGUUCUUUUACAUCGAGGGCAUAUAUUGCCUCUUCAUUCGCUGGAUGUGGAAAGAAUGGCUCCUCUCUACGAUCACCUCGCUCCCUGCAACCGGUCUUUGGAUCGGCGCAAUCUUCGCUACAGGAUGGGCACAGCUUGGUCUCGUCAUGGGCGCACUCUUUAUCGACUAUACUGGAGCUAUCUUCCGGAAUUCUCCACUACUGGAUCGUCUUUUAUCCAAAGACUACCGCAAGACACCAGAUUUGGAUCACUACGUUGAACGUAUUAGUUCCUUUUAUGUCAUUAUCCUCGGAGAGGGUGUCCUGAAUUUAAUCAAAGGCAGUCCUCUUGGAGAGGGACUGACUGCAGAGGUUGGAUCUGGUAUUGCGACUUUAGCUAUGUACUUUAUAUUGCAUAUGCUAUACUUCAAGUCGCAGGCCAGCGGCGAAGGGUUUCGAGCAGUACGAAUGUCACACUUCCAGGGUGCGCUUUGGCAACUUGCUCAUGUUCUUAUCUUUGGCGCCCUCCUCCUCUUGGAUGUCUCGAACCUGUUUCUGGUUACCCACCAAGAUGCCUCUGCCCUGGAUCCUCCCGAAUCAGAACCCACAUCGCCAGAAAAGCGGCGUCGCCUUGCGCUCUUCACACGAGCCUCGACAGAAGAACCAACCGAGGAAGAACUCCCGCAUUACGUACGAGUUGGCCUCUAUACAAGCUCUGGAGCCCUAGCUAUCGUACUGUUUGGAAUCACAGUCAUAACCCUCCUACACAGCUCGCAGUUCUACAAGGCGAUGAAGAACAAGACUCUCCUCGAUCAUCCGUUUAUUCGCGCGAUUCCUCGCGUCAUCCUGAUCAUCAUCUUUCCUUGUCUUCCGCUAAUGGGAGUACAAGUUGGCAGGAACUGGUUGGCCAUCGCUGUUGGCUCGCUGUCUGCGCUGACGAUGCUAGAGCUUUUCAUGGCGUACCGGAGGUGUGGGAGUGGUGUCGUCGAGCCGGCACCAAAAGGAGACGGCAAGCACAACACUGGGACCAGAUUGAAAACUCUGUCUACGGUGUCACCGCAGUCACGUGCGGAUGCACCGGAGUCACCAGUGGAUACACCGGAGUCGCUACGGGAUUUGCGGCACCGGUUUACGGCCUGA